AUAUGGCCAGACUGGUUCAGGCAAGACUUACACAAUGGAGGGUGAAAGGUCACCUGACCCUGCCAUUGCUUGGGACAAGGACCCUCUGGCAGGAUUGAUUCCUCGCACUUUGCACCAGAUCUUUGAUAAACUGAGCGGACAGGCUGUGGAUGAGUUUUUGGUGAAAGUCUCGUUCAUCGAGCUUUACAAUGAGGAGUUGUUCGACCUCCUUGGUCCGGGAGAAACUCCUCCUAAGCUCACUACUCUGUAUGAAGACACCUCCAGAAAGGGGUCUGUUGUCAUCAAAGGACUUGAGGAGGUGAAAGUACACAACAAGGAUGAAGUGUACUCCAUCUUGGAGCACGGGUCGGCUAAACGUCAGACAGCAGCUACACUUAUGAAUGCCCAUUCCAGCCGCUCACACAGUGUUUUCAUGAUCACUGUGCACAUCAAGGAAACCACCAUUGAUGGAGAAGAGUUGCUAAAGAUUGGCAAACUCAACUUGGUGGACCUGGCUGGGAGUGAGAACAUUGGCAGGUCUGGUGCCGUGAACCAGCGGGCGCGUGAGGCAGGUAACAUCAACCAGAGCCUGCUGACCCUGGGUCGUGUGAUCACGGCCCUGGUGGAACACUGCCCCCCCACGUCCCCUACAGGGAGAGUAAGCUUACCCGGCUACUACAGGACUCCCUCGGAAGGCAGGACCAAAACCUCCAUUAUCGCCACCAUCUCACCUGCUUCCUCCAACUUAGAGGAGACCCUCAGUACCCUGGACUACGCUCAUAGGGCGAAGAACAUAACAAACAGGCCAGAGGUCAACAGAAAACUCAGCAAGAAACACCUCAUGAAGGUAGGAGUUGCAUUAUCUUAA